AUGGCUAUAAAAAUUGGGCUUGAUCAUGUUGAUUUGGAUCGUGAUACACAAGAUUUGGAAGAUAUUCAUGUUAUUGAUGAUAUUUCACCAACCUCAACAAAUGAUCAAAAGAGAAGAAAUCGUGCAUCAAAUUCUUCUGAUAUUCUUCCUACAAAGAAAAGAGGUGCUGUGAAAGACGUUAUUGCUGAUUCGAUUGCUAGAAUGGCUUUAUCAUUUGAAGAGUUUAUCCGUGCUGAUACUAAGAACCUUGAUCCAGCAGAGGUAUAUGCUGAAGUACAAGCAACACCAGGUCUUAGUGAAAAUGAACAACUCAAAGCAUGUGCUUGGCUAAUAGAAAAUGACAAACAAUUUUAG